AUGUCAGCACCGUCUAGUCAUGGCCGGCCUUCGGGAGACUCGGACCGCUGGACAACAUCUUCGCACACGUACAUCGCAAGCAACGCGGGCGCAUACACCGACAAUGGCGAAGGGAGCUCUUCCCCGCGGCGAAGCCAAGAUUCCCGUCCCGGCACAGGUGCAACCAACGGCGCAGGAAGCUCAGCAUCAGGGACCUUGCUAGCUAGGGACUCGGUACACGAGGAAGAUUUUGCGCGUCGAAAGCAGCGCGUUCGGAGAUCUGGUGGGUUCCUCCUAGAUUCAAACUUUUCCAGUGGGCCACGGCAGCGGCAUGGCAACCACGAGGCUCGUGGGGAGGACAAAGGGGGCAAGCGCAGCUCACGACACCAUGGAUCACACGAGAAGGAUGCAGGCAGCUUGCCUCUAUCGCGGGAUAUACAGAGAGAUGGCCCCAGCUCUGCCUCUGGCGCAGCAUCCCGCAUCGACUUCGCCGACUCACAGGACCGACACGACGAGCGCAUGCGCGUUGGCAAGACUAGGAGGAGCGCAUACGAUAUGCAACCCACAGCCCAUGACCGAGACCCUUCGCCCAACACCGCGCCGCCACGGCAGGCCAUUGACCCCAAUCAGCUGGUACACAUGGCCCUGAACCUGAGCGAGAGCCGGAGGAGACAUAUCAGCACUGGUCAGCUUCUGUCAUCCCAGUCACGAGUUACCUCUGGCUCGCAACGAGAAGGCAGCUUCGCCAACUAUGGCGCUGGCGGCAGUCUAAAACAGUAUCUCAAUGAAAAACGGCGGACUUCACGCAAUAUAUCCCCAAUGGGCAAGAGCUCUCCCACCCGCCAUAUGUCUACUUCCAUGCAAAGAAGCGGAUCCAUUGCGUUUCCGAUAUCUCAAAGCAUCAACCCUUCGGCUGCCACGCUCGCACGAGUGGAGAAGGCACGUGCAUACAUCGAGCUUCACAUGGAGUAUCUCCGACUGCUGGAAUUUCUGCCACCUCUGAAGCCUGAUGCUACUGCUCCCGGCAACUUUGUCUUUUCCUCAACCAACAAUCCAGGCAGUCCUCAAGCGCAGCUCACUCGUGUACCAUCUCAUGCUGGCAAACAGCACGAGCUCGGCCGGCCGUACAACCCUCUACAAUAUAUUCGAAACCGCCGGAGCAGGGCUCGGGAGCGUGUGACGCUCGAUCACUCAUCAGAAGAAUUCGAGGACGUUGAACAGGUACGCGAAUGGGUGGACCGUGUGGAACAACAGGCAAAACGAGCCGGCUACCGUCGAGACGAUGCGGUACAGCUACCCAAGAUCCACCACGACCACGAAGUGGGACCUGCGCCUCAGAAGCCUGCGAGACCUCACAAAGGCUGGAUCUUUAGCCCACAAGAGUUACUCGCGGAUGCGCACUGGCUGGAAAAGGAUGACAACAAAAUGCUUGUGGAGAACCGUUAUGGCCGAAGGGUAUACCCGCCGAAAGAGGUGCAGCAGAAAGACUUCUUCUCACCCCGCGCAAGCAAAGAGUACUCUGUGGACCGAAGAAAGAGCUGGAUCGAUAGCUUGCCCAGCAUCGCAGUCGACCACACGACAGGCGAUGAAAGCGACAAGGGCAGCGAACGUGGGCGCAAGCGAAGGCUGCUCCCAGCCCUACGCACCGACAGUCCCAGAGGCGGCAAGCAUUCGAGACGGGGUUCACGGCUGCGUAGCCAUGACGAUACUGAUAGUUCGGAGUCAGAAUCAGAUACUAGGAGACGGAAAGCCCGUAUUGUCACGGACCCAGAUCAUAACAUCGGUCCGCUGGCCUUGCUUCUUGAGCAACAGGCUAGACAGUCGUUGAGUGAGACCAAAUCACCCCCUGACUUCACGCCAGAUACACCAAAUAAAUGGGGUCGCAACGGAGAUGUUACGUCCGAUAGCAAGCCUUCCCGAGACUCGCUGGAAGUUCCCCAACUCAAGAAUGGUCUCGCACACAUCAAGGAUCGUGGCAAUUUCAAGAUGCCGCCAAAGGCUCGUACGAAGCCCAAUCUAUCCAUUGAUGACACGGAACCCCGAUCAUCUUUUGACGAUCAGGACAGCACGGCACCAAAUACUCCACAUGCCAAACGGUUCCCACACAUCGGCAGCGAUCUGUCACCACCUCCAAGUCGAUCGGAAUCGCAGACAAGGAAAGCGAAGCGGGGCAAGUUCAACACUAUUUUCCAUUCCCAUGAGCAUAGCGGAGAUCACAAGCAAGAGCUGCGCCCAGAUUCUGCUGGAACAGACAGGAAGGGAAGAUCGCGGCAGACCAGCGAGGAAACCCCAGACGACAAGCAUAUCGGCACAGCCAUCCUAGCAGCUCCUGGCGCUGUGAUGAAUCUACUCGGUCACCGCAAGAACGAUAGUGUCAGUAGUUUGCCUAGCCCGGAUAAGCUUCGUCGCAGAGAGACCCAAGAGCCACAUUCUGCUGUCACGCGAUUCUUCAAGGGCGUGAAAAACGAGGGUACCAAAGUCGGCGAUAUCAUUUUCAGAAGAGACAGAGCCGAUGACUCGGACUCAGACACCAUGUCCGACCGCAACUCUGUCGACUUUGACGACGAUGGUCGUGCCAAAGCAAAGCACUCCAAACGGCCACCGAUUAGUCGAACCGUCACAGCAGGUACAAACGGUAGCGUCACCAACAAGGAACGUAAUCAUCUCGAGCUACCUUCAUUCCGCCCGAUCCACACAAUUGCAGAUGAAGACUCGGAUUAUGAGCAUCACAUCUCGCGCCAGGCGCGAGAGCAAAAGAACAGUCGCUCGCCUCGAGUUGAUCGGCUUUUGCCACCGCGCAUGGAUCUGGGUACAAUAUCCGGAAACUCGUCCACAGGAUCUCUCGCUCUUACACAGAGCCAUAGUCAAGAGCGAAUCAACCAAGUGCUCGCUCGGCCUGGUGACAACACGACGGGUCUGCCUCCUACUGGACUAAGGGAUGCAAACAGGCAGCGCAGUGGCUCUCGACCCGGCCUUAGCGGGAGACAUUGGAGCAUCGCCGAUGGUGAUGAUAAUGCUGCUGACCGGAACAAGAACGAUGCGAAUACAGUUACCCAAGCAGAUAUCGCUCGCGUCCGCGCACUGUUCGUCUGCUCAGGCGUCAAAGCAAGGGAGAUCACCCGCCGCGCGUCUGCCGUAAGGGAGCCACCUCCCGAUUUCCUUACGCGUGCUGCUGCUACAUCGAAAAUGCAAAUCUAUCCUGUCCCGCGUAAGGAAGAGCAUGUCCUAGCCGCACGUAUACUAGUCAAAGAUCUUGAGUCAUCAACCAAGGCCUUGCAGUCCUCGCUCGAAAGCUUCCGCGACAAAGCCAUCCAGCAACUCACAAACCAAAUCUCGGCGUUACAGUCCACAGUCGACUCGGACCUCAUGCCACGUAUCCUAGAAAGUGGAGACAAAGCUGUGCGUAUUACUAGUGAAGUCUCUGGACAAGGUCCAUUGCAAGUCAAGCAGAUCACCGAUGAGAUCGAUCGGAUGAUCCGCACGCGCAAACGCAGGAUGCGCUGGAUACGGGGUUUUGGAUGGAUGCUAGUUGAGUGGGCUCUCGUUGCACUUAUGUGGUGUCUAUGGCUCAUUGUUGUGCUCGUCGGGUCUGUCAAGAGAGUGUUUGGUGUGGCCAUGGGAGUGAUCAAGUGGCUGCUGUGGCUCUAG